AUGCCUCCUCCGCCGGGCCCACACACUGCUCCGUCGCCGAUCUCGGGCGGCGGUGCAGUCCCCGUCCUGGCCAACAGCACCACCUCCGGCACCUCCCCGGCGUCUGUCGCCGAGUCCUCCGAGGGCUCCUACAGCGCCUCGGCCGGCGGCAUGAGCUCCAAGGCCCUCGAGCUGCAGCGCAAGCGGGCCCGCGACCGCAAGUCCCAGCAGGCCAUGCGGGACCGCACAAAGUGGACCAUCGCCAACCUGUCCGAGCAGGUCGCCUUCCUCAGCCAGGUCCUCGACGAGCGCACGCGCGACCUCGGCCUGCUCGACACCCGCGUCCGCAUGCUGGAGACGGAGAACGCGCACCUGCGAGCCCAGAACGCGGCCCUCCAGCUCAGCCUGAUGGGCAACGAUGGCCAAGGUGCUCAGGCUGUGAGUCCGGGGGCGGCGCCAGGCCCCUCGGCCGCUGUCGCUCCAGGCGGCGCAAUGCUGGCGGCCGGCCAAUCGCCGCCGGCGAGGCCAAAGCUUCCGUGGGAGCUUCCUCCGCUCAACUCUCCGCCUUCCUGCCUCGCCGACCAGAUCCUGCAGGGAUUCAUCAGGGCGAAGCUCGAGCGUCGGUCCUUCAUAUUGCCUGGACAAGCCGCCAACGAGGCUCUCUCGUAUUCGCCCAAGAUCAAUCUGGGUUCUCUUCUCGAGAAGGACAAAACUGGAGGUGAUGAUAUCAGCAAUCUUGUCGGCGACAUUAUUCGGAGCUAUUUGGAGAUCGACACGCUUCCAAAGCAGGUUGCCGUGUACUAUGUCAUGCAAGCGCUCCUCAAGUGGAUGGUUCUACUUGACAAGAAGAGCUGGGAGCUGCUACCACCAUGGCUACGGCCGAUCCCAGCGCAGCUCUCGAAUCAUCACGCUGCUUGGAUAGACAGGUUACCUUGGCCCGAGGUCCGCAAGUAUCUCAUACUAGAGCACCCAGAGAUAACACUCGACGAUUUCGCCGCCACAUACAGCUCAAGUUUCACGAUAAGCUGGCCGUAUGAGCAUUCGCACGUCCUUCUCGUCACCAAGUCCAGUCCUCUCGGAGAGGAGGAGACCACCAUCAAUCCCGUCUACGAGGAGCACAUACGACAACUGAAGAACUGGAAUGUCGGCAAGGCAUUCAGAGAGCAGUGGCCGGAGAUCGCGAAACUGAUAGACGAAUCGCAUUUAUGA